AUGGUGAGAGAUCGUAUCACCCAAUCUGCAGAAUCUUCACCAUCAGUAGCAGCCGACGAUACUAUACCAGUGGAUUCAUCAUCUCAAAUGGACGUAUCAUCAUCGCCUUUUAGAGCUUCUCAGCACAACGUCGCGGCACCAUCAUCUUUGUACCAAGACAGAAUAUCGACCAAUGAAUUUCAACAGAUGCAGGGCUACAACCUUGACCGCGAGAAUACAUACGACCUCUCUCAUCAAGACUUCAACCAGAGCCUGUUACUAAAUCAGUUAAUGAGGCUCGAUAAUACUCCAAGCUUUCCUUGUCCACCACCUAUAAAUGUACAUGGCACAUCAAUGAGACGAAAGAGUAGCGAGCUACUUUCGCAACAGCAAUUUCAACAAUACGCUAUUGGUUCAGGCACGUCUCAAUUGUUUUUGGCCGAGCAACAAAUACUACUAGAUCAGCAGACAGCUCAACAACGCAUCAACUUAGAACAGAUUCAGGAGUCACAUCGUGAAUUUACAAGUCAUUCUCUUGUCAAUCGACCAUAUUUCCCAGUCCCCACUGGUGAAGCUUCGCUACGUCCAACAAACUCCACCAUUUCAUUAGACAAUUUGGAGACAGAAAACAGUGUGCCCAAUACUACAACACAAACCAGUUUCUACCAAGGCAGUAAUGCUACCACUGGAAGCUUCUACGACGAUGAAGUAAAUGAUCAAAUUCCUCCUUCUGUCAAUGAAUCAACCACAACCUUUUUAAACAUUCUUGAUCCUAAUCAAUCGACAGAUGCCGUAAAUGAAACUGUUACUGGUGACUUUAGCGUCUACAAUGAGUAUGACGUAUCCAAUGAGUCGACAGAUUCGCUUCCUAAUUUCAACCAAACACCUAUUCGUGGUACUCUGUACCAACAUCCUAGUGUCAACAAGGACUUGUCUCAUCUACAGUUUUUUGAUGCUACCCCGCAGCGUCGAUUUCAGAGCGUUAACUACCCACCUAUAAACCAAAACAACCAGCAAUUAGAAGCAGAGUCGUACUUGAUACCGAGCAAUGUACCAACACAAGACCCUAACUUAAAUAAUUCAAUCACGCCAACGAUUUCUGACAUUUCGAGUUAUGCCUCGAGCGCGUCGCUCCAUCAUCCAAUUGCUACCAGCAGCUCAUCAAUGAGAACUUUCGAUCCCAGUUUUUCCGCCGAUUCAGUAUCCAUGCCAAACACUAAGGUAGCUGUUGGUACACAUGGUGUUCCAUUAGCUAGUGCUUUAAUUGGUUCAUCUUCUUCUACUAGUCACAGAAUCGCCAAAAAACCUUCAUUGUCGAGAUUAAAGACUGCAUCAAGAAAGAACCUAAACAAGAUGCCAAAUGCCAUUGCCACAUUGGAGGGCGAAGCAAAUAUCUCGUCAACAAAGUCGUCACCUUCAACUGGUCCCUCAAGAUUGAUUAUCUCAAAACCAGAAGUACCAACUUUGCACAACCAAGCACGUCUAGUGGAAGAUGUACAGCUCCCACUUCAUUUACAAUCCUUCCCGUACGUAAGAUCACAAUCGCAGCCACAACCACGCACAUUAAGGACUUUUUCAAACGCUUCAUCAUCUUCAUUGGCUGUUGCUUCAACUGGCCGUCCAAGCGUUAUGACAACGCCAACUAGUGCCGGCAGUGGUCCAAAGAGUGCCAACAUUUUCCGCCAAGGUUCUGGAAUUACCAAUACAGUGUCACUGUUUUCACCGGGAAUACCUUCACCGUCUUCGGCAGACUCGUCACAACAGCAACAGCUUUGGAAGAAGAACUUUAGUUUGAAUCAUGAACGGGAAAUUGGUAGAUCCGUAGCUUCCCAAAAGAAGAUACAGAGAAAGAAGAGUCUGAGACUUGUCGGCAAGUCAGCUUUGAUAGACACCUCCGAGGAUCUAGAUCCAAAAGUGAAAUCUGAGGACAAAGACGAGCCAACAGUGGGAACGUCCAACUCUACAGGACUAGCUCGGCAAAGUAACGUGACAGGCUUUAAUUCCAAUUACAACACAGAUAACUACGAAAGCCAUAUCGUUUCAGAAUCUGACGUGGUUGAUGAUGACGCUAUCAACAUUGGAAAGAAAAAACUACAGCCACCACAAUUCAAGUCUAGUAGACUCAAGAAGGCAAAAUCGACUCCGUUAUUGACUCGAAACAGUGGCGUGUUUGAUACAAAUAAAGAUGAGCCAAUGGUCAAGAAAAAGCAUACUAGAAGAAGAUUGCUACCUCGGUCAAAGAAAGGAUGUUGGAUUUGUCGAAUCAAGCACUUGAAAUGUGAUGAAGUCAGGCCAUGCUGUGGAGCUUGUCUUAGAUUCGGAUUGACGUGUGAUUAUAACCCAAAUAAACCAGAUUACGUCACUAAUAAAGAGUUGAGGCAGAAGAAGUUAAAUGAGAUUACUAUGGUCCGGAAGCAGAAUCAAGCCUCGGAGAAAGGUUCUACCAAAAAAGAGAGAACAAAGAGCAAGUGA